CACCGGGUGGCGCUGCACGCUCGGCCCGCACUCCGGGAGCCCCGCGCCGCGACCGCCGGGCGUGCACCUGCCCCGCCUCCGCCAGGCGGGCCGCGGGGCAUGCAGCCGGGCGUGCGACGGGCCGGGGGCGGGGCUCCCAGGCCUGGGCGCGGCGACCGGCUCCCGGGCACCCUCCGCCAGCCCGACCCCGCCGCCCUCCUGAUGCUGCUCGUGGACGCCGACGGGCCGGAGCCGGUGCGCAACGGGGCGCGCGAGCUCGCGGUCUUCCUGACCCCCGAGCCCCGGGCCGAGGCGAAGGAGGUGGAGGAGACCAUCGAGGGGAUGCUCCUGAGGCUGGAGGAAUUUUGCAGCUUGACUGACAUGAUCAGGAGCGACACUUCACAGAUCCUGGAGGAAAACAUCCCACUCCUUAAGGCCAAAGUGGCAGAAGUGCGUGGCAUCUACGCCAAAGUGGACCGGCUAGAGGCCUUCGUCAGGAUGGUGGGGCGCCACGUUGCCUUCCUGGAAGCCGACGUGCUUCGGGCCGAGUGGGACCACGGGGCCUUCCCGCGGGCCCUGCGGAGGUGGCUGGGCGCCGCCGCGUGCCCCUCCCUCGGGAACAAACCGUCCGCGCCCCCGAUGUACGAGCUGCCCACGUUGUACAGGACCGAGGACCAUUUUCCCGUGGGUGACGGGGAGGCCGGGCAUCGAGCCCCUGGCUGCCGGCGGCGACUGUGAGCUGGAAGUGAAACUGUGCUACGGAGCAGCCCCGGUUUCUUUCUUUUUAUUGUUGCUGUUUUUGAAUUUCCUCCCCUUCCGCAUGUGGGGCCACAGCGUUUGGAGAAGAGCCGGCACCCACGUGUGGCGCAGCCUCCACCGUCGGCCUGCCUGGUGUUUCAACGGGGGAGAGGCGCCCAGGUGUGACCGUGGUUGAUGGUGGUGGGGAUGUCCCUUCUCCAUGAAGGGCUCUUCCUCCGUGGUGGGUGGGGUCCAGGGCCGCUGGCGUGGGCUGUGUGCUGAGACCCCAGUGCCCCUGGCCUGGAGGGCCAUCCCAAUAAAGGUGUCCAGAGCCCGCCCGUGGCCUGGGCACGAGGACUGG